UUAGUACAAAUUAUGUUUUUGUCUUUAACGAGUUAAAGGCGAACGCACAGGGGGUCUUCAGUUAAAAUCAACUACCGGAUUGUAGAUUUUUGCGCUAACGGAAACCAUGGAUCAAGGACAAAAUGAUUCUGCCAAUCGAUACUCAGGCAAUGAGAAAUUGGAUAAAUGUAUUCACGAUUGGCUUUCUUGGGAUCCCAAUCCAACGACAAAGAAUGAAAUUCAAAAAUAUGUGGAUAACGAAGACUGGGAAACUCUCAAAUUGCGGCUUUGUAAACGUAUUUCAUUUGGAACUGCCGGACUGCGAGCUGAAAUGAGAGCGGGCUUCGAUUCGAUGAACGAUUUGGUUGUCAUUCAAACUGCGCAGGGCAUUUGUCAAUACUUAAAGGAGCAGUUUCCUAAGAAGUCCUGGAGCGAACAAGGCAUUGUGUUUGGUUACGAUGCCAGGAAUAAUAGCAAGCGUUUUGCGCAGCUCUCAGCAUUGGUUUUUCUGGAAAAUGGCUUUCGUGUUUAUCUCUACACAUGCUUUGUGGCCACACCUAUAGUGCCAUUUAGCAUUAAGAAACUGAAAUGUUUGGCAGGCGUGCAGGUGACAGCCUCUCACAACCGCAAGGAAGACAAUGGCUAUAAGGUCUAUUGGAGCAAUGGAGCGCAAAUAAUCCCGCCGCAUGAUUCGGAAAUACAAAAGGCAAUUGAAAAGAACUUGAAGCCACAGAUAAAGAAGGAUAAUCUGGUGUGGAAAGAUGAUGGGUCAGUAGAUGACAAGGCUUUGUGGUCCAAAAAACAGCUGCAGGAUCCCUAUGAUCAAGUGGUGCCUGCCUACUUUGAAGAAUUGAUAAAUCAAAUUCCCAAAGAACUUAUCCAAGCCAACCAGGAUUGUCCUUUGAAGUUCGCCUACACGGCCAUGCAGGGAGUUGGCUAUGAGUUUGUCAAGAAAGCUAUCAAGUGUGUGAAUUUGGAGCCACUCAUCCCAGUGGAGGAGCAAGUCGAGCCCGAUCCAAACUUCAGCAAAACGCCGAUGCCCAAUCCCGAGGAGGCCAAAGCUCUUGCGCUAGCCGAAAAAACGGCAAAAGACAAUAAAUGCCAAAUAAUUCUGGCCAAUGAUCCGGAUGCAGAUCGUCUGGCUGUUGCUGAAGUUUACGAGAACGAGGUUAAGAUCUUUACUGGCAAUGAGAUAGGCGCACUGUUGGGCUGGUGGAUGUUGGAAAUCAUGAAGAUAUCAAAAUCAAAAGUAGACACAAAUCAUGUGAUGAUCGCCAGCACCGUGAGCUCGAAGAUCUUGAAGUCAAUGGCGCACAUUGAAGGCUUUACAUUCCACGAGACGCUGACGGGCUUUAAGUGGAUGGCCAACAAGGCCAUCGAUGAGGAAUUGACAGGUAAAACGGUUCUCUUCGCCUUCGAAGAGGCUAUUGGGUUUAUGAUCUCCACUGUGGUGCCAGACAAGGACGGUGUCAGUGCCGCCGCCCACGUGGCCACCAUGGCGCGGUAUCUAUACUGCGAGAAGAAACUGACAUUGCAGCAGCAAUUGGAGAACAUCUAUAGGCUAUAUGGCUAUCAUACUAGUAUUUGUUCCUAUGUCAUCUGUGACGAUCAAGUGAAGAUCAAGCAGAUAUUUAAUCGCUUGCGCACCUUCGACAACGGCCAGGCAAACACCUAUCCAAGGAGCAUUCUCAAUGGCAAGUACCAGAUCGAGCAUGUGAGGGACUUGACCACGGGCUACGACAGCAGCACGGCUGAUCUGAAGGCCACUCUGCCAGUUAGCUCCAGCUCCCAGAUGAUAACCUUUACAUUCGCGAAUAACGUUGUCGUAACCCUACGCACCAGCGGCACGGAGCCCAAGAUGAAAUAUUACGCCGAGAUUUGUGGAGAACGAGAAGAUUCAAAUUGGGAACAACUCACGGCGACACUAAAGAUUAUGGUCGAGGCGCUCGUAAAUGAGUUCUUUGAGCCAGAGAAAAAUAAGCUGAAGCUUAGGUCAGCUAACUGAACGAGUAAAUAUAAUAAAACGAAUUUAGAGCGCACAAUCAUUCAUGAUUAUAAUCUAUGUACUACAUACUAUAAUCUACCCAGUUGUACUUGACAUUAACCAAAUACGCACAGUUAUCUUUGUUAUAUGUUUAGACUUUAGCUGAUAUUUAUUCCAACUAUGUAUACAUUUAAGCAUAUAGUAGACGAAAUGUAUUAGCGGCAUCAAUUUGUACCCUCAACUGAUUUGAUUUCACAAAUAAAGAAUUCCAACUAUCACAAU